UCUAAUACACUCCACUGCCAUGGGCGACCCGUCUGCCACUCUGCCCAACUCUGGUUAGAUCUUGAGACAGUUUUGCAGAAUGUCCAUGUGACCUCUUGUGUUCCUGGGACCUCUGCUCCAGCAAGCAGGAGAAGACCUUGUAUCGGGGUGACAAUGACCAGGGUGUCCAGGGCCACCGUUCACUUGACUUUGGGCGUCAUUCAAAUGCUCUAUACAAGCCUCAUUUAAUCCUUUUAAUGACCCCCUCGCCUCAAGGAAGAAGAACGCUGGCCCGGGGGAGAAGGUCUUUGGAGAGGACCUGUGAGGGCCUCCUGGUUGGCCUCUUUUUUUCUAGAAGGAUCUCCAGUGGCAUGGAGGCUAGGGCGUCUGGAGGGCGGACUCUGCCCCUUACCACUGACAUCAGGGUUCGAUGCUCAGUUUAUCUUUCCUGUCUCCGCAGGAGGAAAGCGUGAUUAUGACCCCAUCCUAGCCACAGGGAGAGGGAGGAGCAGAGGGGUUGCACGACUGUGCCAAGGCGACUUGGUAAAGGGCAAAGCUGAGCUCUGGAGCUGCGAACUUUGCGUUAUCGAGAGGCUGUCCUGCCUUGGCUCAUAACGUUAGCUCAGCAACUGUGGAACGGGCACCUCCAUGCGUCUGGUGCUUCACAGCCAGGCUGUGACAAGCACGGAUGUUCUCCACGUCCUCCGGAUUUCUCAUUUCAUAGAUGAGUAAAUCUGGGUUUAGCAGGGCGCCUCGGGUGAGAUGACUUCAGAUCUUCACAGAUGUUAGGUCUGCUAACCCAGAAACUUGCACCCUCCUCUGCCUCCCGUGUACUUCAGUGCCUCCGUUUCCCGAAUGUCCAUGUGACCUCUUGGGUUCCUGGGACCUCUGCUCCAGCGAAGUGGGAGGAAGAAGGGAGAAAAGUCCUUGUAGCAGGAUGACAAUGACCAGCCUCUCUGGGGUUCUCUCCCACUUCCCUUCCCAGAAGAAGUCACCGGUCUGGAUCUCCCUCUGUUGGAAAGUUUGGGUCGGGGGUAGACGGGAAGGCUCUGGGUGGGUAAGGUCGGCGCUGCAUCACCCCCAGACCAACAAGGCAGGGCAGUGAAGGGCCAGAGCGGUCAACAGCCACGUGCUCAGAACAGUAGUGGAGGGAGCGCUGCCUUUGGGGAGAGGAGGCGCGCCCCUAACUUGAGUAGGGGGCGGGGAGGGCGAGCAGGAGGAGGCGGGUUCCGGCACAAGACAUGGGGGUAGGGGGAGGCCGAGAGCACGCGGACAAAGGAGGCGGCCCUCAGCCCAGCUGUUUUGAAAAAUGCUUCCUGUUUCUUUAAAGGCGCUCGCGGCUCGGGCGGCCUGGGCUAGGCAGGCGGCAGCGGCGGCGGCGGCGGCGGCGGGAGCUGCCUCCUCUCCGGGCGGGCGGCGCUGAGUGAUCUAGCGAACUGGGCUUCUGUGUAAACUGAGGCUAAACAAACACAGAUGGAACGCAGCGGGCGUUCUGCUGAAAUGCUGGCAGGGCUGCAGCGACUUCUGAUGACACUCUGAGCUCUCCUGGGGGAACGGGCAGCCUCCGAGGCUUCACGGAGCCGGAGGCGCAGCUGCCCCGGGAGUGGGGGAGCGAGGGAGGGACCCGGGGAGGGAGGGUAGGAGGAGAGAGCUCGGCGACAAGGCGGCGCUGAGCACGGCGGCCACCGGGCGCAGCCAGGCGCUCAGCGUGCAGAGCGAUCGCAGCGGGCGCGCGUCCCGGCCAGUCCCACGCCCCUGCCUGGCGCCGUCCGCGCCAUGAAGCACAUCCCGGUCCUCGAGGACGGGCCGUGGAAGACCGUGUGCGUGAAAGAGCUGAACGGCCUCAAGAAACUCAAGCGGAAAGGCAAGGAGCCGGUGCGGCGCGCGAACGGCUAUAAAACUUUCCGAUUGGACUUGGAAGCACCCGAGCCCGGCGCCACGGCCAGCGCCACCGCCGCCGCCGCCACCAACGGGCUCCGGGACAGGACACAGCCGUUCCCGAUCGUGACCCCAGUACCAGCCUCAGUGGCGCCAGCGGUGCCUCCAGGUGGAGGCACGGACACAGCCCGGGAGCUCAGGGGCAUCCGAGCGCCUGACGUCUCAGACGCGCGCAAACGCGGUUUCGCCCUGGGCACAGUGGGACCGGGACUACCCACGCCGCCACCGGCGUCCCAGAGCUUGGCACCCGAGCGUCCCGAGGCGCAGCCCUACCGCGAGCCGGCUCUGCGUCCCCGCAUCUUGCUGUGCGCCCCUCCCGCACGCCCCACGCCGUCUGCGCCUCCCGACCCCCCAGCGGCGCCACGAGAGUCCCCCGUGCGCCUUGCGCCCCCCACGCGCCCGGGGGAAAGUUCCUACUCGUCAAUUUCACACGUAAUUUACAAUAACCACCCGGAUUCUUCCGCGUCGCCUAGGAAACGGCCAGGCGAAGCGACCGCCGCCUCCACCGAGAUCAAAGCCCUGCAGCAGACCCGGAGGCUCCUGGCCAACGCCAGGGAGCGGACGCGGGUGCACACCAUCAGCGCAGCCUUCGAGGCGCUCAGGAAGCAGGUGCCAUGCUACUCCUACGGGCAGAAGCUGUCCAAACUGGCCAUCCUGAGGAUCGCCUGCAACUACAUCCUGUCCCUGGCGCGUCUGGCUGACCUGGACUACAGCGCCGACCACAGCAACCUCAGUUUCUCUGAGUGUGUGCAACGCUGCACCCGCACCCUGCAGGCAGAAGGACGCGCCAAGAAGCGGAAGGAGUGACCUGCCACAGGCUAGACCACGGACACUGCUGUGGGUCUCUUCCCAGUUGGGCCUGAGGAGAAAGACAGCCAGCCUCAUUCCCUGUCUUCUCCAAGAUGCUACCAGAUACUCAGCCCACUUAACUGGCUCUCAGGGUCACCCAGGACCAGGGCAAGGGCAGCCUGCCUCCGUCUCGGUCUCCUGCUGUCCUCCAGCCGUCCAGGGUUACUUCAGAUUUUGCCUUCUGACUGGCGGGGCAGACUAUUGCCAAAGAUUCUACAGAGAUUGUCCGAGGGAAGUACAGGAUGAAGCCCCGACAGCGCAAACCACACCAUUGCUGCCCGACCAAGUCCACCUCAAGCCAAAGACGGAUCAGCACUUCUGCCAGGAACUCAUGCAAGGAGCGGACACUCGGUGACCUUCAGAAGCACGCAACCCUCUGGGCCAGUGCUCUGUCGGUGCUGGACCCUGAGCUGUCUGGGUGAACGACAGACAGGCUUCCUAGGGCUGUGCCAGGCAGGCUGUGGAAGGUGGGGUCUGAGAUCCUUGUCUCUUCCCGUUAGCCAUCCAGGCCUCUGACGCCAUGCCUGCUACUCUUUGGGUUCCGGCUCCUUCUUGGACUCCAGGCCUCCUGAGCAGGGAGGAAAGGGGUCCAGUGAAGAAGCAGUAUUGUCCAUACCCCACCCAGGACAUGCCCCGAGACAGCCUGUCCGAGGGUCUUUGCUCCCAGAGCCUACCCCGCCAGGUGCUCACCCGCGGCCAGGCUCAGGCUAGCCCACAAGACAGCAGUAACCCUGCUGUAGGUCAGCUACCUUUGGACUUAGGGAGGAAGGGACCAGGGGAAUGGGCCAGUGUGUGGGGGAGGGGGCGCGUUCAAAGCCAACGCCUGCUCCAUGUGCUACAGAGGCCAAAGCUGUUCACAUCUGUGUGCAACCAUCUGCUUCAAAUUGAAGUAAAAGCUGCAACUAAAAAAAAAAAAAAGCA